AGCUGCGUGUGUGAGCCUGGCCUAUAACGGGCCGCCCUUUGCGGCAGACACUCCACGGCAAGUGCCAGCAGGUCCCUCUUUCUCAGGCCCCCUCGUGUACACCCCUGCUUGAAAAACUGUUUGUGUGCAGAUCGCUUUGUUUAGCAUCUUCUGACUCCUUUUGCACUGUUUUUCUUGUGACUGCUGCCAACUGUUGUAAGAAAACUUCUUUCUUUGCAGCAAGUGGUGAGUAAUUUGGCCUGCUGAUAGGAUGUUACCUCUUUUUUCCUGCUGCCACCUUGGAUGACUUGUCCAGAGUCUUUACAACGUGAAAUGUUGGAGCAAAAAAUGGACGACCUACUGAGUCAUCAGAGACAAUUUGUCGAAAAUAAUCGUCGGUCCUUAGAACAGAAAAUAAAAGAAAAGGAAAAGGAAGUGUUUCAUCAGCUACAUGACUUACUGAGAGGGGAUCUGCCGUGCGACCAGAUAAACCAGGACUUGCAGCAAGCCAACGACGCUCUACAAGCAGAACUCGACAAAGAAAUGGAGGAAAAAAACUUUCUUCGCUGCCAGUCUGAUCAAAAAUCUGAAGAAAUCCAUCAGCUUCAAGAAGAACUGAAAACAGCUAAACAGUUUCUGAAGGAGACCCAGAAUUAUGCAGAAGAGAUGAAAAAGAAGAGUUUGUCUCAGGAAAUACAAUUAGAAAAGAAAGAAGCUGAGAUUCGGGAUUUAGAGGGGAAAAAUCAAGAUUUGACUGAGGAACUUGAGAAAGUGCAGUCAGAGUUGCAACUUAAACAAGCUGAGAUCGCUCAUCUCCAAAAUCUAUCUGCAGCCGAGUUGGCUUGUUUAAAAAAGGAAAUAGUAAACAUCAAGGCAGAGCAAAAGAAACUUCAAGAGCAACUUAACAACUCGCUUCAAGAAAAUGAGCAACUGAGCAAGCUAGACAAUCUGAAGGUUCAACAGAAGAAGCAAAAUGGAUUCGCUCACAGUAAACUGAAGACAUGGAUGCAAUCCUGUGCUGAUGAGAUGGCACAUUCACUGACCCAGGACAACGAGCAAGAGUAUGAGCCAGACGGACUCCCGGAGGUGGUCAGAAAAGGCUUUGCUGAUAUUCCUACUGGGAAAGCCAACCCCUGUGUUUUGCGCAGAACAGCGCUAAACCUAAAGACCAGUCCCCGUCUUGCUGCUCAAAGCCAAAAUUUGUCACCAUAUGGCCAAUGUUUACAAAAAGGCAGGUCAGCUAAUUUUGCCAAGAUCUCUAAACCGACAGCUGGUGGCAGCAAAUCAACAAAGGUAGAUGAUACUCAGCAGCGCCAAGCAGAAACAGCUAUUGAACCUAUGGAAUCAAGAUCUCCUCUUUGCAUGAAGAAGCAACACACACAAGCUGUUGCUGAGAACUCAAGGGAGAAUCUCCACACACACCAAGGCAGAUGUUCCUUGAGCACACAAAAACUACCUGAUCAAAAUGAACAAGACAAAAACUUCAAACAACACCUCCCCAAGCCCUGAAAAAAUGCCUGCCUG